CUAUCACGCCUGAUGACCCAGUGCCCGCUGUCAUACCUGGUGACCCGAUGCCCCGCUGUCGAGCCAGACAAUCCAAUGCCUGAUGACCCGGUGCCCGCUGUCGAUCCAGACGAUCCGGUACCCGGGGGCCCGCGCCCGCCGCUCUGCCUGGGGGCCCGGUGCCUGCCGCCCCGCCUGGGGGCCCUGUGUCUGCCGCCCUGCCUGGGGGCCCUGUGCCCGCCGCUCCGCCUGGGGACCCGGUGCCUGUCGCUCCACUGGGGGGCCCGAUGCCUGUCGCUCCGCCUGGGGGCCCGGUGCCUGUCGCUCCGCCAGCAGGCAGAAACAUUAGGCUUGGGCCUCAGUCAGGUAAGACCU